AUGGACCGCCCCGAGCCCGGGCUGAUCAAAUGGUCGCCUCUUGCUGGUCAUAACAGGUUCAUCCAUAUCAAUCUGCAGCACCGCGUGGUUCAGCUUUAUGAACCUAACGGCGUCGCCCAGCACGGCAGAUUCGACUACAAGCAAAUAUCCAAGCAUGACGACUUUCCGGCUUUGACGACGUAUGACUGGUCGCCAAGCUUCCCCGGCCUCCUCGCAGUAGGCGGCCAAAAUGGCGGUGUCAACCUGCUCAGGAUGGACGACAACUCCAGUGACUACAUCGAGCUCGGCCUCAAAAUGACCAGGAUGUGCCAGGCCGUCGCUUUCAACACGCAAGGCAUUCUUGCUGUAGGUCUCGAGCGGGUGCGCAUGGACCAGAGUCUUCAUAUCUGGGAUCUGAACCGACUUUCCAUGGACAAAGUCGCCAAGGGCUUCGCGAAGGACAUGGCUCCCUUUACUGAACCGGUCACACGACUGGAGCAUAGCGCCUCAAUAUCGAGUAUCAAGUUCUUCGAAGACAACCCCCAGACUCUCGUCAUCGGUCUUAAAUCCCAGGGACUACGCGUCUAUGAUCUACGAGAUCCAAGCACAGCGAAGCUACAGUUCUCCACGCGGUGCAACAACAACUUGGCCAUCGACCCAGAUCCGAACUACUUUGCGUCUUCCGCACUCGACCAGCCCGGCGUUCUCGUGUGGGAUCGGCGAGCUACCAGCCGUGCUGUCGCAUCUCCUGCCUACUUGAGUGCCGUUGACGAGGAAGAAGUCUCCUGGGGCGCUGCCCUAUCACUCCAGAACGCUGUCGAGACGGACGAACCGUCACUCGGGGACAGCAAACAUUCCUUAGUCCGCUCAUUACGCUACUGCCGCGACCACAGAGGGCUCUUGGGCGUUCUCACACGCACCGGUCAGCUCAAGGUUCUUCAGACCAACAGGGAACACACGUCAGCAGAGAUGGAAUUGGCUGGGAGCCCGGAGCUCAUGCAAGUUAAGAAGUCAUACGAGAUGGAUGUCAACUUCUCCGACCCCAACGGCAAGAAUGAUCGAAUCGUAUCAUUUGACUGGGUGACUCUGGGUUCCAACCCUCUCCAGCCCCGUGUAUUGGUCCUUCGCGCCAACGGGGCCAUGGAAAUACUCGAACAGCCAUCACACGCAUCCGACCAUUUGUAUAAACUCUCAUCUUGGAAAUCGCCUCAUCGGGGCCUGGAAGGUUUGAAAGUCUCCAAUUCCGGUGACAUGGCUCAGUGCUGA